AUGACCUCAUCUAGGCCCCGCGAAGUUGGCGCCAGCUUUGCACAGCGACGUGGCCAUGCCAAUACGCUUUCGAUAUCUGACCCGAGCCAUCACGUUACCGAGGCGAUAGGCACCCUAUACGGCUCCGACGAUGACUCCGACGUCGAGACCCGGGAUCACCGCAAGAGUCGCCCGCUGAGCUUCCUUGGGUAUGGAGACGAGCAGCUGCCGGGUGCCGCCAAGAAUCCGGGCGAUGCCCAGGACUCGAGACAGCCACUCCAACGAUCGAUCUCGGACAACACGCACGGGGGUUCCCACGAUGGAGGCCCAACACCAACCCUGUCUCAGCUCAAAAUGCCUAUACAACAACGAAGUCCACCGCACGAGAACGGGCCCACGUCGCCGGGUGGUUCCAUGGGUCCCAUGUCGCCGACGCCAUCUCUACGGGACAUGCAGGCCGCAGAGUCUUCCAUGCCCAUGACCAACAUCGAUAAUCCCAACGACAUCGCCCAGGAGCUCAGCAACCUGCAGGCGUUGCGCCGCAUGUCUAUGGAUGUUGGACACUCAAGUGACCCCGACCUCAUGCCAUUCCAAGGCAUAGUUCCCAUCCCUGCAAUAGCACCCUCUGGUGACGAUGACGAGGCCGAUCCCUCAAGGCUGCUUUGGGUUCCAGCCAAUGUACACCCCGAGCUGGCGCCAGACCAGUUCAAGAAUUUCUUGGAGAGGAGAGUUAACUCCAUGAAAAGAAGAUCUGGUGAAUCGAUGCUGGCAGGAGGAGAUGGCUUGCAACGGAGUAACUCGUCCGGCUUGAGGCGGACUAAGUCCAAGCUGUCCAGGCAGAUUGAUAAUUCUGGCGGCCGUGGAGGCGAGGGUUAUGUGGAUGGUUCUGAAAGGCUGGUACGGCAAAGAUCAACCGACCGCUAUGCUACACCAGAGCUGAGCCUCGACGAGCUGGUCAGCGACCCUGCGGCAGCUGUGCAGAAACUGGCACAAGACGCAGCCGAGGGCACCGGACCCGGUGACAUGCCCAUCUUACCGGUUGCGCCGGGGAUGGGAUUGCGGCGCUCGACCCGGACACAGUAUCGGAAAAGCGGCAGUAUGCGCAGUGAUCGUGCUCCUUUCUCAAAACGCAUAGCCCACAGACAGGCAGACAGCCAGGACGAAGCUUUGCCGCCGAUGCCCAAAGCCGAUGCACCCCCUGGCCAUGGCCUCUCGAGAGUGCAGUCCGAGCCUCCGAGGGCAGAGAAUUUCUCAAGACCCCAAAGAUCUGUCAAGAGACAGCAAGGUUUUACACGGGAAGCAGCGUCGCCGAUCGAACCCCCGACAGAGCAACCUUUCGACGACGACUCGCGUCAAGCUCAUGGCCGAAGCUUUUCCGACCCGUCAGAGGUGCCAGAGAUAGUCGAGACUCCGCCCCCGGCGGAGCAGCCAGAAUUGUCAAGCCAGUUCCCCGAGAGAUCCUCUUCGCAACACAAGGCCCAACUUUCUCAGGAGCAGCCACCGUCACCACAACAGUAUCAUCCUCAGGAUAGGGUUGGAGAGCCUCAGACGAGUCGUGCCAACAGACAAGCACCACCCGGCCGGCAGGCGAAGGCGCCUAUCUCUCUUGACAACGUACCCGGGCCUACCCAGACGAUGAACGAUAUUGCAAACCAUCCUUCUGCGAUUCCCGGAGCUAGUGGAACCCGGACUGACAAUCUCACUUUCAUACCGACCUUUACCGAUUCUGAAAAGAAGAAGAAUAAGGACAGCGAUAGCGAAUCGACCAAGUCAAGUAAGGGCUGGAAAUGGUUCAAGAGCGAAGAUAAGCAGAGAAAGGAGAAAGAAAAGGAACGGGAGGAACAGGCGAAGAAGUCCAAGGCCAAAGCAGCCGAGAAGCCACACGAAAAUGCUCGACUGGAUGUUCUUCAAAGCUCGAUCGAGAACGUGGUCACCAAGGGCCGAGAAAGUCUGCUCCUGGACCGGGAUACCAUUGACAACAAACUCCAAGAAGAGCGCAAGAAGGAAAGCAGCCGCAAGUCAUCCGACGGAAGGAAGGACAAGGAUGGAUUCUUUGGAUCCAUCUUUGGAGGCAAGAAGAAGUCUGACAAGGACGCUCCCAGCAAAAAGCACCAGCAGCGCGCACUUUCACCCGAACCACCCCCAAGAGUGCUUAAGCCCGACGUUGACUACCCCUACACGCGAUUUCCCAUACUCGAGGAGCGAGCUAUCUACCGCAUGGCGCACAUCAAACUUGCUAACCCCAAGCGAAAUCUACUCUCCCAGGUCCUGCUCAGCAACUUCAUGUAUUCUUAUCUGGCCAAGAUCCAGGCUAUGCACCCUCAGAUCCAAGUGCCUGCGUCGCCGCAGCAAAAGCGCCAGGAGGAGGAGAGGCGACGCAAGGAGGAGGAGGCGCAGCAGCAGGCGUACCUGGAGCAGCAGAUGUCGCAGCAAUCGGCCCAGAACAGCAUCGACCAAUACAACUUUGAGUACCAUAGGUCUUCCAACCAGUAUGGAGACUCAGAGAACGAUUACGUCGAUGAAAACCACGACCCGUACGAGUACGAUCAGGGUCGGGGCCAAGGCUAUGAUGGCCAGGACCAGAAUGGUGGUUAUGGGUAUGGGCACGAUGCUUAUGGGCAGCAGCAGUAUUACGAUGGACACGACCCGCAACGGCGCCAGGACGACAACGACAUGUGGUGA